ACAGUGCAGCAAACAGAUAAAUUGGAGAGACAAUUUUUGUGAUGAAAAAUAAAAGUGUGAAGAAAUUGUUGAUAUAAACUAAAAAGCAGCAUCCAACUGAACAUCAAUUGUUUAAUGAAAAGCAGUGAAAAUCAAAUGUUAAUAAAGGUCCAUGUUAGGCCAUUAGUCCAGAUAGAUUGAUAGAAGUUUAAUUGAGCCCAGAACAGGGAAAUUGCUUUGUUACCAUGGCGCAAAAACUAACAUAGUAAUAAAAACAACAGCAGAUAAUAAAUAUCACAAAAACUCUAGUCAUUACUGUCUCUGUUUUGCUGUGACUGGGUGAAAACUGUUCAUGAGUCUGGAGGGGCAGGCCUUUCUGGACAAGAAACUCAGGUGAGAACAGUGAUGGAUAUCUUCGUAAGUCUGUACAGGCAUUUGAAACUAUAUAUGUCAGAUAGAGAUGGCAGCUGUCUUCUUAUAACACCCUGUGCUGACUUUAUCGCCCUCCUCUGAGUCGUCUUGGUUAAAUCCAGAACCACACUGAGGUGUUGUCGGUGAUGAAGAUUUACAAGAAGGAUGCAGCAUCAUCUUCUUUGUUAUUUUUGAAAAUAAAAGCUGCUGGUUUUUUUUUUCACAUUGGUGCUGAUAAUAAUAGUCCAUGAGACUCUGAAGUAGUAUAUGUUUAGAGCAACAUGAAAGAUAGAUGGAUGUUAGGAGCUCCACCCUGAAAACGAAUGUGUUCCUGUUACAGGAUCUAUGGCUGUAAGGCGUAAAGAAAAAGGCAGGGUUUCCUUGGUUAUCAGUGUCCUAAAACCAAGAACUGAGGUCACGUGACCAAGAAGCCUCCAUUUGGUCUUUAUAAGGUAAAAACCUAUCUGCAGCUCUGGUUACAAACCUCCAGCCUUCCCCUGCUUUCCUAUUGGCAAAUUUUGUGCUACACUUGUCUACACCUCCAGCUAUACUUCUUAACCUAUAUGUACUACAUUAGAAGGUAUAUAAGAACAGUUUUAAGGUAUCCUACUGUGUUAAAAAUGAAAAAGAGUCAUUGAGACCAGAAAUAAGGGAAGACAAGACGGAGCAGUCACAGGAAGGGGUGAAGCCAAACUUGGGAACCAACAUGCCCAACACCACCAGAAUUAUCUCUGACAGCCGGAAAUCAGAUAAAGCAAAAACAAAAAAUAACUCUGGAAACAAUUCUACAGAAAAGAGUCCAACAUAUGAGCCGAACGUUCCUGAACCCAAAUGCAGAGCAGAUCUCAUCAAAUAUUGGAUUCCCUUGUCCUUGGAUGACAAGACUGCCAAUAGGGCGCUGUGGAUCGCAAAGGAUGGCGCUAAAGUGGUCCGAAAGACUGAUGAUGCCAUCUGUCCAGUCUUAGAACGACCAGAGAGAUAUGAGUAUGCCCCACAGGUCCUCUGCAAAGAUGGCAUUCUGGGUUUUCGAGGUUACUGGGAGGUGGAGGUUUCCGGUUGGGUGGUGGUUGGAGUCGCAUGUGAGCAAGCAGGAAGGCGGAACACCGAUGGACCCUGCGGCUUCGGAGACAACGAGGAGUCCUGGGGUAUUGGAUGGAGUGGCUCCUGCUAUCAAGCAUGGCACAAAGGUCAAAACAAGGAGAUCAGAGGCGUCCCUGAAUGCUCCACAAUAGGUGUUUAUCUCGAUCAUCCUGCUGGUUUGCUUCAUUUCUAUGCAGUGGAGAAUCUGAAAGAAGACACAGGAGGAAAGGAAGUUAUACUUUUGCAGCAGAUCAAGAGUUCCUUCAAAGAAAAAAUGAUGCCAGGCUUCUGGUUGGGGAUGCAGUCAGAGUGUUCAAUCAUGAAGAAAGAAGCUUAAAUGAAAGACAUACUAUAAAUGUCAUUUUGUUGACCUUUUUUUGACCCCAAAGUGCCUGUCUGUGUCAACUCCAACUCAUAAACCCUAUGAAAUUGUGUUUUUUUAUCAGUUAAAAUUGUUGAAAAAAA